CCGCGCACUGCAGAGGACAGAGCAGGAGUCAAACACCAUCGAGGAAUAUGUCAGCUUUGUCACGCACCGAGGGACGCGUAAAACACCGGAGCGGCGCAGUUUCUGCAUAUCCACUGCCUCUGCUUUAGUUCACCAGACACACAUAGCCACGUUUAGCACUUAUGCUUUGCUAAAAAUCUGUCCUGCUGCUGCUGCUUCUGGUCCGUUCCUAUCCCCUCCUCCCCUCUCUUCCUGCUCCUCCUCCUCCUGCUGUGUGCCGUCCCGUCGCCAGGAUGGACAAGACGCUCUGCAGUCCGCAUCCCGGGACCAACAAAACAAACUCUUCCUCCGCGGACCUCCGCGGGAGCUCAUCGACGAGGAAGCACGGUGGGCGGCCCGGGUCGCACAGCCCCGGCUCCGGCUCCCUCGGCGGCUCGGCUGGAGCGGCAGGCAGUCGGGCAACUGCGCUGGGAAACAGCAUGAAUUUGCAGCAACAGCAGCAGCAGGCGCGCAAGAGGCAACUGGAAGGAGUCCUGAGUAAAUACACCAACCUGAUCCAAGGCUGGCAGAACAGGUACUUUGUGUUGGAUCCAGAGUUGGGACAGCUGCAGUACUUUGUCAAUGAGCAGGGGAAGAGCCAGAAGCCCCGCGGGUCCCUGCCUCUGAUCGGCGCCUCGGUGAUGACGAGUGAUGAGGCUCCGCACAUGUUCAUCGUAAACUCCGUCAAUGGAGAGCUGUACAAACUCAGAGCCUCUGAUGCCAAAGAGCAGCAGUUUUGGAUCAGCCAGCUCCAAGCGUGUGCCAGACGUCACUCUGACAGCAGUGCCAAGGUGAGAAAGCUAAAGGGCUCAGAUGAACACCUGAGUGUGGAAAGAGCAGGAGGAGGCCAGGAGCUGCUGGGCUCCUCUUCCUCUGGUCGGACCCGUAGUUUCUCUCUCCUUCCCCACCUAACCCCAACUUCAUCCCCGGGAUCUCCGAGGCACCUGGGCCACCCUGCUACACCCAGCAACAUUGUCACAAUCACCCACCACAAAUCUCCAGCUGCAGCCCGGCGAGCCAAGAGUCAGUAUCCAGGACGGCUGCUGGAGGUUAAAGAGGUGAUGUCCCAAGCAGAGGGCCAGCAGAAGAACCUGGUCCAGUCCAUCGACUCCCUGCCCACCAAAGGGCCGCUCUCCUGUCUGGAUCAGGACCUGCUCCUGCUCAAAGCUACGUCGGCCGCCACACUCAGCUGCUUGGGAGAGUGUCUGAACAUCCUCCAACAGACUCAGAGCCACAGCCAGGUGCCACCUCAGUCCCAGGUCUCCCAGCGCAACCACGCCUCCCAUGGAGCCCCCUCUGAUGGUGCUCCUGUGUGGACUGUACCAAAGUCGCCCUCAGGGGAGCAGUUGAAGAACGGGGGUCUGACUCCUUUACAGUCAGCCGCGCCCUCCCCGGCCCUCAGGAAAAGGAUUCUGUCCCAUGGUGCUGAGCAGCACCCAGGGCUGGAAGACAUCAGCCCCAGUGAGGAGGUGACGGAUACGGAGGACAACGAGGAGGAGGACCUGGGUGUCCUGGAUGACCAGCGGAGCAUCAUUCUCCACCUGCUCUCGCAGCUCAAACUGGGAAUGGACCUCACACGGGUGGUGCUACCUACCUUUAUUUUGGAAAAGCGAUCACUGCUGGAAAUGUAUGCCAACUUCAUGGCGCACCCUGACAUGUUCCUGUCAAUAACAGCGGGGGCCACAGCUGAGGACAGGAUAGUCCGCUUUGUGGAGUACUACCUGACUGCCUUCCACGAGGGGCGGAAAGGUGCUGUGGCUAAGAAACCCUAUAACCCCGUCUUGGGGGAGACCUUCCACUGUUCCUGGGACGUGCCUCGGGACAAGGUCAAACCUUUGGUGAGAUCAAACCCAGGGUCAGCCCGGGAGCCAAGCAGAGGCCCUAACAACGCGCAGCAGGAGGAGGACUCACCAGACAGCUGCUACAGAGUCCGAUUUGUGGCCGAACAGGUGUCCCAUCAUCCACCAGUGUCCGGGUUUUACUGUGAGUGCCAGGAGCGGAGGAUGUGUGUUAAUGCCCAUGUGUGGACCAAGAGCAAGUUCAUGGGCAUGUCUAUAGGAGUGUCCAUGGUGGGAGAAGGAGUCCUUUAUCUCCUGGAGCACGAUGAGGAGUAUGUCUUCACAUUGCCCUGUGCCUACGCCCGCUCCAUCCUCACUGUGCCCUGGGUGGAACUGGGGGGCAAAGUCUCCAUCAACUGUGUCAAGAGCGGCUACUCAGCCACAGUGACCUUCCACACAAAGCCUUUCUAUGGAGGGAAGGUACAUCGAGUGACAGCAGAGGUCAAACACAACCCAACCAACACCAUUGUGUGCAAAGCGCAGGGAGAGUGGAACGGCACGCUGGAGUUCACGUACAGCAGCGGGGAAACCAAAGUGAUCGACACGGCCAAACUUCCCGUCACCAAGAAGAAGCUGCGGCCUGUGGAGAAACAGACGAGGACAGAAUCCAGGCGGUUGUGGCAACACGUCACCAAGUCGCUGAAGGAAGGGAACAUCGACGAGGCCACGGAGCACAAACAUAGACUGGAGGAGUAUCAGAGAGGGGAGGAGAGGCAGAGAUCAGCUGAUAACAAAUCCUGGACACCCAAAUACUUUACUAAAGAGGGAGAUGGUUGGAUCUAUAACAACCCACUGUGGAAAUCAACCUGACAUCAAAAACACUCUUUUCUAAAGGAUUGUAACAGUUCCUACUCCCCACACUGAGGAGGCCAGAGGUGAAACAUGGAGAGGGGCGUCUUCCACGGACCUUCGAACCCACCCAGUGACACUACGGAGACACAAACAGGAAUCAAGCAAGGUGCCAAAGGGAUCUCCACGGUUUGGGACUCUUGGGACAGCAGUACAUUUUUAUAUACGGUUAAUAUUCAAAGUAGAGUAUUUCUAUUUUUCACCUGCCAAGGCCUUUUUUUGCACUCACGCACAGUUAUGAUGCCUGCCACUAGUGUUCCACUUUGUAUUUCUUUUUAACGAUCAGUACGUUUUCUCAGAAAUCAGUGUUUGUUCCAGGCGUUCAGUCGUGCCGCAUUAGAAUGGAUCACAUCUCCUGUAACACAUAAUACUGUAGUUAACAAAUGAGUUUGUUUAUAAGGCACUUUUACCAUAGAAACGAAUCUGCUAUUUUCUAUCGAUGGCUUUUACCAAUCAGGGUGAUCUCUCAGAGCUUUACAAGAAAUAAGGUCACCUAAAACUAUUUAAAAUUAAUAAAUGUAUUACAUUAGAUGAGUUAGUAUAUAUUAAUAUACAAUAUAUUACAGCAAGCUACUAGAAAGUGAAGGUCCUGAUUGUUUGUGUCUGCACUAUGAAUGUAUCUUGGCAAAUUUUAAUUGUACAGUAUGCUUUCCCAUCUUGUACUGAUGGCUACUACACAUGCUUACUAUGUUGCUCCAUCACCUCUGCCUAACAGAUGAGCCCCAUUACUACCUCUCUUGUUUCGAUAUCCCAGGCAUUACACACUUAUUUUUUCCCCUCCAGAAGAAAAACACCAGUUUGUUUGUUGCCAAAUGUUCGUCCAAUCUGUUUUGUAUUUGUGCCCCUCAGAUGACGCUCGGAUAAUUAGGGAGUCCCUGUACACCCCGUCUGUGCCUCCUGAAGUUAAUGCUUCUCAGUAGUUUCAGCUAUGGUGGUGAUUAUGGAUGAGGCGGGUUGCAGAAACACACAGCCAUGUUUUCAAAUCUCGGGGUCACUGGAAAGUUGCCUCUGUGAAGAUAAGAGGAUAGUCUACCAGAAUAACAAUCACUGGGGAACUGCAGGAACCAGCUUGUGGGAUAGAAGAGGUUCGUGCCACUGUGUACUCGCGUUUUUAUGUCUACAUUUGACAAAAUAUGUGAAGAACAUUCAGACUGAUCAGCUUUUCUACAAUAAAGUAAAAAUUUUAAAUGAAAACUUUUGUUUUAUGAUGAAAAUAAACAAAGUAAAACUUCCUUCAGUUUUAAAUGUUUGACAGUAUUUGUAUGUGGAUCAGCUUUAACCAGUGCCAGUCUGUAGCCUCCACGAUGGUCUGCAUUAUAUAACAGUACAAAACAAACCUGUCAGCCAUUCAAACCGCUGUUAAAUCUUGUUUUACACCCACACUGACUGAAUGAAUGAAUCCAACAAGCAGCUGCACACAAAAGGAUGAUCUGAGCUCGCUGAACUAGAUGGCGAUCGUGGAUAAA